UAUGACAUUAGUGAUCACGAAGCUUGUUAUUUUUUCAUAUUGGUAAAGUCCAAAUGCACUGUGAUGUACUUUUUUAAACAUAAAACAAUAUCUUUGUGCUGCGUUUUAUAGUUGUUAACGAUUUUUUGUAUAGAUAUAAAAUGUAUGCGAAUGGGUACAAAUACUGGCUCGCCUAUAAAAAGGGCACUUCAGGCUACUACCGUUGCUGUCGGUACAAAACCAGUUGUCCUGGUCGAUGUGUUGUCGACGAAGAUGGAGUCAUACGAAAUACUACUGCACACAAUCAUCCUCCGGAAGCGGAUAGAGUGAUUGUGGAUCGCUUCCGGAAAGUGCUUACGCAGCGUGCUGCUCGUGAAAGUACCGAUCUGCAUGUCAUUUAUCUUGAGGAAGCUACAAAUAGACACUCAGAUGCUUCCCUGUUAUACACUUUUUCGCAAGCUGAAUCUUGUAUGAGAAAAGCACGUCGAAAACAGCAUCCUCAGGAGCCAAGCAGUAUCGAAGAGUUGAAGGAAAUUUUAGAAAGUUCCGACCUCUUUCGGAUACAUAGCGGAAACAAUCGGGAUGACUUCUACCAAACUAUGAUCACUCUAGAAAGUACUACCUGUUUGGUUUUAUGGCAUUAUAAAACCAUUGAGAUGGUUGGUAAAGUCGAUGAACUUUACGUCGAUUGCAGUUUUGCAUUGGAACCGAAUUCCACUUCCAAGUAUUAUCUGUUAAUAGGAUUAGUUUUCCGACAGACUCUCUGCACUCCUAUAUUCUAUUCCAUUAUGACGGAAAAAUCUCAUUCUGGCUUUGCUGCUGUUUUUGCAUACAUACGCGAGCAACUAGGAGCGUCGAUUUCUCCCAGUAUUAUCUUAACCGAAGCCAAUGACGUGAUGCAUAAUGCGUUGGAAAUCACGUUUCCCGAAGCAACGGUUAAGGUGUACUGGCAUCAUUAUACAACCGCAGUGCUCAAUCGUAUGCGGCAAUUAGGUCUUAGUCGUGAAACAGCAAAGGGCCAUCCUUGCAGCGGAUUACGGAUGUUACUGGUUGUGCCGUUGCUUCCAGCAAACUAUAUGACACCUGGACUUGAGGCAUUGAAAAAAUGGAUGAAUGAGAAAAAUAUUUUUACGCAUGGAUUUUGUCGACUUUGUGAUUAUGUGGAGCAAUCAUGGUUAGGCGCAAUAGGCGUAAAAAGACUGUCUCUAUUCGGGCAACGCCAUAGCGUAAGCUGUCAAAUCAAAAACUUUCUCAAAGAUUUCGAAAGCCAGGAGGGCCUUGAUCAGCGCAUUUCAAUAUGGCGAGUGCUGGAAAUCCUUACCCAACUUGCGACCAAACACUACGUGAAGUUGAGCAAAAGGAACAAACGAACUCAAUCUGAGAAACAGUCGAAGCCGAUGAAGAAAAUUCAACAGGUACAGGAGACUGUCAUUGGCAAUGCAACUCAGAUGUGGAUUAAGACGGCGGUUCAUCUGCGAAAUCCCCUUCAAUUUCUGCAAUUAUGUAGCCAUUGCAUUAAUGAUGCAAUAAUCACAGACACAAUUCCAACGACCACCGCGGGCACUAUUCCACUGAAGAAAGUGCCUUCAACAGUACCAGAAAUGAUGCCCGCCGUGACAGAGCACGUAAGUAGUUUCGAACCUGUUUCGGUACAGAAUGAUCAGCUGCGAAUAACCGUGCCGUCAAAUGAUCCACCACCGCUGGCCUUCUUUCCCAAAGUAAUGGUGAAGCAAACCGACGUCAAAACAGUCUCACAGUUCAACUACAGUAAGACUGAACCACCUCCUCUGGUGCCUCUCUCCAGUUUCGUCGGGAGUCACAUGCUGCCAUACAAUGCCGAUAGAACGCAACAAUCCGAACACAAUAAAGUUGCUUGAGGCUUUUGCGAACAAAGAACUUUUAGAUUUGUG